AUGCAGGAUGACAAAACAUCUCCUGAACCACCAGUGGAAAGUAAUACGGCAGUUUUAAAGAACACCAUAUCGAUUAAACAUUUCGUACCGAAAGUUGGAUUAUUGCAUCACAGGGAAUCUCUGCAACUGAUACUAUGUAAACCCAAAUUAAUGCCAUUGAAAUCUAUGACAUUGGAAAAAUUACAAAAGAUGCAAUCCGAAGCAGAAAACAAAUUGUCAAAUAGAUGA